UCAGAUCACAGCUUUAAGUAGUUUACAUUUUCAGGAAGUGAAACUCAGGCGUUGUCUUUAAGAGGUGAAAUGGCGGAGAAAGGAGUUCAGUUGGACCAGGAAAUUUUCUCUUGUUCGAUCUGUCUGGAUCUACUGAAGGGUCCGGUGACUAUUCCCUGUGGACACAGCUACUGUAUGAACUGUAUUCAAGAGUUCUGGGAUGAGAAGGAAAUCUACAGCUGUCCUCAGUGUAGAAAUACUUUCACAUCAAGGCCUGUACUGGUAAAAAACACCAUGUUAGCAGAUUUAGUGGAGGAACUGAAGAAGACUGGACUCCAAGCUGCUCCUGCUGAUCACUGCUAUGCUGGAGCUGAAGAUGUGGCCUGUGAUGUCUGCACUGGGAGAAAAUUGAAAGCCCUCAAGUCCUGUCUGGUGUGUCUGGUCUCUUACUGUGCUCAACACCUCCAUUUUCAUAAUGGUGUGGCUCGAUUCAAGAAACACGAGCUGGUGGAGCCCUCCAAGAAGCUCCAGGAGAACAUCUGCUCUCAUCAUGAUGAGGUGAUGAAGAUAUUCUGCCGUACUGAUCAGCACUGUAUCUGUUCUCUCUGCUUAAUGGAUGAACAUAAAGGCCACGACACAGUCUCAGCUGCAGCAGAAAGGACUGAGAGGCAGAAAGAGCUCGAGGUGAGUCAAGAAAACAUCCAGCAGAGAAUCCAGGACAGAGAGAAAGAUGUGAAGCUGCUUCAACAGGAGGUGGAGGCCAUCAAUCACUCUGCUGAUAAAGCAGUGAAGGACAGUAAGAAGAUCUUCACUGAGCUGAUCCGUCUCAUGGAGAAAAGACGCUCUAAUGUGGAGCAGAAGGUCAGAUCCCAGCAGGAAACUGAAGUGAGUCGAGUCAAAGAGCUUCAGGAGAAGCUGGAGCAGGAGAUCACUGAGCUGAAGAGGAAAGACGCUGAGAUGAAGAAGAUCUCAGACACAGAGGAUCACACCCAGUUUCUGAAAAACUACUCCUCACUGUCACCACUCAGUGAAUCUACAUCCAGCAUCAAUCUCCGUCCUCUGAGCUACUUUGAGGAUGUGACAGCGGCUGUGUCAGCCACCAGAGACAUACUACAGGACGUCCUGAGAGACACAUGGACAAACAUCUCACUGACUGUGACUAAAGUAGAUGUUUUACUGUCACAACCAGAGCCCAAGACCAGAGCUGACUUCUUAAAAUAUUCACGUGAACUCACACUGGAUCCAAACACAGCUCACACACAGCUGUUAUUAUCUGAGGUGGAGAGAAAGGUAACAUUAACAUAUAAUAAUCAGGGUUAUUCUAGUCACCCAGACAGAUUCUCUGUAAACUAUCAGGUCCUGAGUAGAGAGAGUCUGACCGGACGUUGUUACUGGGAGGUGGCGUGGACAGGAGGAGGGGUUCAUGUAGCAGUCGCAUACAAGAACAUCAGCAGAGUGGGGGACCCGGGUGAAUUUGGAAAAAACAAAAAAUCCUGGGAGUUAAGAUGCGUCAAAAACAGUUAUCAAAUUUGGCACAACAAAGUCCAAACUCCCGUCCCAGGUCCUUGGUCCUCCAAAGUAGGAGUGUACCUGGAUCACAGGGCAGGUACUCUGUCCUUCUACAGCGUCUCUGACACCAUGACUCUCCUCCACAGAGUCCAGACCACAUUCACUCAGCCUCUCAAUGCUGGACUACGGCUUUAUUAUCAUUAUGGAGACACAGCUGAGUUCUGUAAACUAGAGGUGUGAAUCUUCACUGAUCUCCCGAUU